AUGAACGGCUCAACCCAAGAGAUUCGCGGGUAUAUUAUUCGCCAAAUCCGGGUGGUCCUUUCUAAAUUUUUACAAGACGUCAAUGUGGGUUCAGCCACAAUACGAAUACUCGGUGAUACUCCAACUAGUAUUCUUGACCCCGAAGAUUAUUUAGCAUCCAUAUAUCCAUUUGUUUCAGAGACCGAGGAAUGCCUCAAAAAACACCAUCCAGACAAUACAACUCGUUUUAUCGCUACCACAAUCUACCGCGGGAAACACUCCUAUUUUGUACUCGACCUCAAUAACAACGAUUAUACCUAUGAAACUGCUCAUGAAUGCAAGACAAUAGUUCCUGUCUACGUCCUUCGGCUAUCGAAAAGACAGCCCACGAUUUUCAGAAAGCGGGAGCUGGAUGAAACAAUUGCAGAGACUCUUCGGGAUCUGCAUGAUUGCCACGGUCAAGACCCUCUACCUUUGUUUGACAAUCAUUAUGAAGAGAAUCGUUGUUACCGCCACCCACGCAGCCUGGUAACAUCUUCAACCGAUUGA